GUAAAGUUCUCCCUUUUAUAUUUUAGGGCUCUUGGGAGGGAGUUCUCUCCUGGAUAAAGAUUCUUGGCGACACAGGCUAGGGAUCCAAUCCAGACGGCGCCCGCGCAGCGCUAGAUUAGGCCAGUCCCAUCUUGACUCGGGGAUUUCUCACAGUUUUCCAGUGGAUCGAGUCGAUCGAUCGAUUUCAUCGGUAGUGCGACGGUUUCUCCUCGAAAUCUCUGAUCCUUCGGCGAUUCUUGCUCGGGAAUGGGAAAUUACUUGGUGUGUGGAGCGCCGGCCAGAGUCUCCACAUCGGCGCUCAGCGGAAAGCCGUGUUCUUUCGCAAGGCUGGUUCUCACCGACGGGACGAUCCAGGACAUCACGUCCCCCGUGACAGUGGCAGAGCUCAUGCUGGAUCAUCCGCUCCACUUCGUGUGUCACGUGAGUAAUCCUGCCGCAUUGGAUGAUCAGCAUGAAUGUGCCAGCGGCGGCGAGGCCCGGAGCUUCGAUCACGACAAGCCACUCACUGCGGACACGCAUCUGGAGAGCGGCGAGAUCUACUACCUCCGCUCCAAGGCCGGAUUCAACUGCAAAUCGCCACUACGAUCCCUCCAGCGGUGCUCCUCCGAUAAUUCCUUGUCCAAGAGCUCCAGCAGCAAUCCGCGCAAGAACGCGCUGCUCCACGCGUUCCGGUUGAGGCAAAAAGGAUCGAUCACGCAGGUGACAGUCUCGGCGGACAUGGUCGCGCAAAUCCUCCGCAACGAGCUCCAAAAACAAGAACACGGAGGGGAUCAAGAGAAGAAAUUCGCUGCCGCGGCGGCCAUUGAGGACGACAAUCCCGAGCUCCAAAUGGCUCUUCAGAUGAGAUUAAUCUCGCGGAGCGUAUCAUGGAGGCCCAAGCUCGCGACGAUCCAAGAAUCUGGCUUCUAGAAAUUUCUUUCUCUUUCGUUUCUCCUCGAUCGCUCAAGCUCGGCUCGGAGCAGAGCAAAUUUGUGUAAAAUCAUGGAUGACGUGUAACAAUUUCCCAGCUUCCACGUGGCUUACCACGUUU